AUGGCGCCUUUACCACAGAAUGGCCAUGCCAAUGGCCUAAAUGGCGAAUCCCUUCACUCGGCCAACCUUCGCUUCUCCGACAUUCCUUCCGCCAUCGAUAUUCCCGCGUCUACCCUCGAUAGUGAAGUCGAAGUCAGUCUUGAGGGACUACCCGAUGACCCUACGGAGCUUUGUACUUUGCUGGAGAAUGAAAAAGCGGCCAAGAAUUUUUGGGUGAUCAUCGCGCUCGCGUACGCGAAGCAGAAGCAGAUCGAUCAUGCCAUUGACAUUUUGAACAAAGGCCUGGCUUCAGUCGCCCACGGCGCGACAAAGGAGAAGCUGGUGCUGCUAGGAUGGAUCUGCUGGAUGCUGAUGAUGAAGAGCCGACAGGCACCCCGAGUUGCUUCAGAAGGAGAGCUCUACACCGAAGCCAAGACCAAAGAUCACUAUUUACAGCUGGCUACGUCGACGUUAAACGAGGCAUCGCGAUUGAACCCGGCUUUCCCACCCCUUUUCCUUGCGCGAGGUGUUUUGUCCCUUUUGCGCGCCUCUCUACACCCACCACGACCGGUGCGUCCUGGUACCGUUGACACGUCCGAAAGAGUGGAAUCAUUGCGCCAAGCACUGAAAUGCUUCGACGAGUCUUCCAAGGCCUUUGGAGGCCGCAACAUUAUGGCGAUCUUGGGACGCGCCAGAGCGCAUUAUUCGCUGGGAAGAUAUGCUGAAGCCUUGGAGGGCUAUCAGAAGGUGCUGAUGAGAAUGCCGGGACUUACGGAUCCGGACCCCCGCAUUGGUAUUGGAUGCUGCCUCUGGCAACUAGGCUUCAAGGACCAGGCGAAGGUUGCAUGGGAGCGGGCACUAGCUCUGAACUCCGAUUCCAAGGUUGCCAACAUUUUGCUUGCUAUCUAUUAUCUGUAUGACAGCUCCCGACAUGCUACGACCGACCCGGCCUUUGGUUCACUAUACAAGGUGGCCAUGACCCAAUACACACAAAAAGCGUUCAAAUUGGACAAGGAAUACCCGAUGACCUGCGCUUUAUUCGGUGGUUAUUUCCUUCUGAGGAAGUCUUACGACACGGUCAACACGCUAGCUCGCAAAGCCAUUGAGCAUACCGAUGUCAUGCCCAUUGCCAGUGAUGGGUGGUAUCUACUCGCCCGUAAGGCGCACUAUGAGGGCAACUUGGCUCGUGCAGCUGAGUACUACAGCCGGUCUGACCAGGCGCGUGGUGGUGGCGACAGGGGAUACCUCCCUGCCAAGUUUGGCACGGUACAGAUGCAAGUGUCAAGCAAAGAUUUCGAUGGCGCAAAAUUUCGGCUGGAGAAGAUCAUUCAACAGACAAGGAAUCCGGAAUGUAUGAUUCUGCUUGCGGCGCUACAUGCGGAGGAGGUCUUUGCAGCCCAGAAGAGCGGUAGCAAGGAGGAUACUUCGAAUGAGGCCAAGAAGGCCAUUCACCUUCUCGAAUCCGUACGGGCACUGUGGAAGGAUGAAACGAAGAAGAUCGCACCUGAUGAGUCGGUGUUGCUCUAUCUAUCCCGACUCUAUGAGCAAGCGGCUCCAGAAAAGAGCAUGCAGUGUCUGACCCAACUGGAACAGAUGCAACUGGCCGAGAUUCCCGACGAGGAACGACCUGAGGAUGUGGAGAAUGAAGAAAAGAUGAAUGCUCUUCUUCGAGAACAUCUCCCUCCACAACUGCUGAACAACAUGGGGUGCUUCUUUUACCAGGCCGAAAAGGUGGAAUCCGCUCGGAAUAUGUUCCAGACAGCGCUGAGUGCUUGCGUCCGGUCACAGGAGAAGGAGAAGGAGAGUGAACAUGACAAUGAUGCGUUGGUCACGACCAUCAGCUACAACCUGGGCCGGGCCUAUGAAGCUUCAGACAUGCCGGAUGAGGCGAAGAAGAUAUACGAGGGACUUUUGGAGCGACACAGCGACUAUACGGAAGCCAAUGCGAGAUUGACGUACAUCGCGCUGCGCCAAAGCCCGACAGAUGAAGGCCCCAAGAAGAUGGCCAAGUUGUACGAAGCUGACUCUACGAACCUUGAAGUGCGGGCGCUCUUUGGAUGGUAUCUCAGCAAAUCUAAGAAACGCGUGUCGAACCUGGCCGAGGACCACGAGCAGCGACACUACAAGCACACCCUGCAGUACCACGACAAACACGAUCGGUAUGCGCUGACGGGGAUGGGCAACGUGCAUCUGAUGACAGCACGCGACAUGCGGCGCGACACCGACCAGGAGAAGGAAAAGCGCCGAAAGAUGUACGAACGAGCGGUGGAAUUUUUCGACAAGGCACUCCAGUUGGACCCUCGCAAUGCGUAUGCCGCACAGGGUAUUGCCAUCGCCCUGGUCGACGACAGGAAAGACCACGGGUCAGCAGUACACAUCUUUUCCAAAAUUCGGGAUUCCCUGAAGGACGCCAGCGUGUAUCUCAACUUGGGCCACGUCUUCGCCGAACUACGACAGUAUACGAGAUCGAUCGAGCACUACGAAGCUGCAUUGUCUAAAGACCGAGCAAGAGACGCUCAGAUCUUGGCCUGUCUGGGUCGGGUUUGGUUACUCAAGGGUAAACAGGAAGGAAACCUGUCGGCGAUGAAGACGGCUCUGGAGUACGCGCAGCGGGCGCGUUCUGUUGCACCGGGGCAAGUGCAUCUGGAGUUCAACGUUGCGUUUGUGCAGAACCAGAUUGCAUCUUUGGCUUACGGGCUGCCAGAGACCCAGAAGACAGUGCAAGAUGUGCAAGAGGCAUCAGAGGGAGUUACGGAAGCGGUGGAGACGUUUGGACGGAUUGCCACGGUGAAGAACCCGCCCUACCCGGCUGGAGCGCUGGAACAGCGAGCGAACAUGGGCAAGACGAUCAUCAAGCAACUGGAACGAGCGCUCCAGAGCCAGAAGGAAUACGAGGAGAAGAACGCGAGCAAACUGCAACAAGCGCGGGAAGUGCGGGAGGCUGAGAUGCGGCGACGUGAAGAGGAGGUGCGCAAAGCGCAAGAAGUGGAGCAGGAGCGCAAGAAGAAGGUUGCCGAGGAGCGACAACGGAUGGUGGAAGAAGCGCAGCGGCUGGCGGAACAACGGGCGGACGAAGAGAGGGCGCGGGAGGAAGCCGAACUAACGACGGAGUCUGAAACGGGCGAAAAAGUAAAGAGGAAGAAGAAAUCAUCUUCGAAACGCAAGAAGAAGGACGACGGGAUCGUCAGCGAUAACGAGUCGGUUGGGGGAGUCAAGAGUUCCGAUGAGAGUGAGGGUGGAACGGCACCGACAAAGAAGCGACGACGACUGGAGCGUCGGUCGGGCGGCAAGGUUCAAAGCAAGUCCCAGAGCAAAGCCCAGAGCAAGGCGCAAAGCAACAAGUACAAGAGCAGUGAGAUGGUGGUGGACUCGGACGAUGAAGGCGAUGCCGCUACACCGGGUAAAGAUGAGGAGGAAGAUAGAGAUGAGGAGAUGCGCGAUACGGGUCGGGAUGAGGAGGAGGAAGUGGUGCAACGACGACGGAACAAACCCAGUCGACGGAUUGCAGAUGACGAUGAGGAUGAGGAUGAAGAGGCACCAACAACGGGACAGCAAAAUGGGGAGGAAGAAGAUGAUGGACUGUUCAAUGAGAGUGGAGGAGAAGAUACGGAGAUGAAGGAGCAUGGGGAGGAAGAAUAA